AAGCCAAGCCAAGCUUGAGUUUCUUUAAUAUUAACGAGCUGAGUUCGAAUCCAGUUAGUUAUCCAGCCGAGCUCGAACUCAAUAAACGAGCUCGAUAAGUAAACAAGCCGAGCUCAAGCUUAGCAAAGCUCGGCUCGGCACCUUUGCAACCCUAAUGACUACAAGAUCAUUGACAUUAUCACAUGAAGGUUUGCCGUUAGCACCCUAAGCUUUGUUCAAUUGUCAAGAAUAUUAUGUUGUUUAGGAAAAUGUUUCCUGAAAAAAUGGAUUGAAGGAAAUGAAAAAAUAAAUAAAUAUAAUGUAUUUUUUCUCAAUUUACAAGAAAGUUUAUGUUCAAAUAUGAUUUGAACUUUUCCUCGAUGCAUAAUGUCUUUUUUACUGAAAAUGAUUUGAGAGAAGCAUUAGCGAUUCCUUCAAGAAAACAAUAAUAAAAAGUAAGACCCACAAUUUUUCCAUGAUACUCCUUCCAUUUUUUAUAAAAAAAAACUCCAAAUCUUUUAUCCAAACCCUUCUACAGGACACGCACCACACUAGAAAGGAAACCAGUUUUUCUUUUCAUUUUCCUUCCUUUCUUGCCAUUUGGACACUGGGCAUCUUACUGUCCCCAGACUACAUUUUAUCGAAAACUUCAUGCAUUGAAUCACCCUUUUUGACACAUACAUACAUACUAGCAUAGUUUCAUUUAGCAAAAUUUAUGCCUUAGUCUUUGUUGACCUUUCUUUUUUUAUAACCAAAACAUAUGCCCAAGUACACGCUUCAAUUUCUAACCUUUUCCUCCUUGAAUUCACUCUAUAGUUUUUAAUUUUUAUUCUAAAUUCAAAUUUCUGACUCAUUCGUUUAUGGUUUCCAAAUCACAGGAAACAGAAAAAUCAUCGAGCCUUAUGAUGAAUUUGGCAACAGCAGAGAUCAAAAGCAUGCUGGUUAAGAAAUACAAAUGCUCAAAGCAUGCAGCCAGAGCCAGAGCUAGGGUUCAAGAAAUCUCAACUAUUGUAAACAUUUCAUACUCAACUGAUGGUUCUAAAAUGAACCCCUUUCUUACAUCUUUUCACUUUCUGUUUUCAUUUUGAGGAGAAAAAAAAACACUUUUUUGUGGGAAACAAUUUUGAGAACAACUCAUUUUCAGGAAACACCAAAAUGUUGUUUCUGAAUUUUCAAAAAUUAUUUUUGCCCAAAAUUGAAAACUACUAAUGUUUUUCAAACUUUCCAUUAUUUUUGUUUCCAAAAAAAUCAAAAAUCAAAAAUCAAAAAUCAAAACAAAAACAUGAUCAAAUAACCCAUUGUUGCAAGGACUUGUGAUGGAAACAAAAACUGGGAGCCAGGCAACAUGGUGCAAGCAACUAUCGACUUUAACAAAAAGAUCAUUCGUAAACAUGUCUAGGGAUGUUGGAUAUUAUUGGCUGAGGAUAAUCACAUACAUAGCUGUAUCUAUAUCUGUUGGUUCCAUCUUUUUCAAUGUUGGCACCAGCUACUCUGUGAUCUUGGCGCGCGGAUCAUGCGGUGGAUUUAUAUCAAGUUCCAUGAUCUUCAUGUCCAUCGGAGGCUUCCCAUCCUUCAUUGAAGAAAUGAAGGGAGUUAUGAUGAUGACAGCUGGGUUCUUUCGAUUCUUGACUGAUCUUCUCAAGCCAUUUUGGCGCUACCCAAUGUCAUAUAUCAAUUAUAUGGCAUGGGCAUUACAGGGGGAAUACAAGAAUGACAUGAUUGGGCUUGAGUUUGAUCCUCUACAACCAGGAGAUCCAAAACUGAAGGGCAAGGUUAUCAUCAACACUGUGCUUGGCAUUUCGUUGGACCAUUCCAAGUGGUGGGAUUUAACUGUCGUUAUAGUCAUUCUUAUAGUUUAUAGACUUCUCUUCUUCACCAUUCUCAAGUUCAAGGAGAGAGCUUCACCAGUUUUUCGAACAAUUUACACCAAGAGAACUCUGCAUCAUCUCAUUAAGAGGCCUUCAUUCAGGAAGACACCACCUUUUCCUUCACAAAGGCACCAAGUUAUGCAUUCAUUAUCUUCUCAAGAGGGUCUCAACUCUCCAAUCCAUUAGAAGUAAGCAUUAGAUUUUUUUCUUAAUGAUUAAAGAUUUUCGUAGAGCGACUUGUUUUAUGUUUUUGAAACUUAUUAUUUGAUGUAUCUGAAUGCAAAAGUGACUCGCCUAGCUGGCUGCCUACCAAGUGUCCCUAGAUUAAUCAUACCAUUAGUUUGUAAACCUCUCCCCCAUCCUUUUGUAAAACUUACAAAUUUGGUGUAUUUGCAUAUUGCAAGGGGCUCAAGAAACAGAAGCGAUUCUAUUUUGCACUUAAUUUCACAACUUAAUGUUAUUCUCAACUCUACCAAUUUCAUUGUUGUUAUUAAUGCGCUAACAAGGCUUCCAACUCAAUUAUGUGUUUGUGCUGUGUUUCAAUCAUUUUCAAGGUCGGGUUAAUUUUAGCCUAGGUCAAGAAGUGCUGAUUGAGCUAAGAGUGUGAGGCUAUACCAAGCAUGAGCUUGUUCACAAGCCAAACUAAAUUUUGUUCAGGAUAGAUACUCAGGACAAAAUAUGCUCAUUUCUUUCACUGUAAAUCCAAGUAGCUAGGAACACAUACCUACAUGUUUGUUCAAUUAAUUCUCAAUCCACACUGGAUUUUAUAUAGUUCAUUUGAUUUCCUCAAAAACAGUUGUUUCUUGGUAAUUUUCCUAAAGCACGGGUAUCAUUACUACCGCAAUGAUAAAAGCUUAGGAUACAUACUGAGGCCAAUGGUUCAAGUCUAAUGGUAGCUAGUUUGUGCAAAUAUUGCCAAAAUUAGGUUUCUGCCUGGUCCACCCCUCCCAAUACCUCAACUAACGAAGUAGGGUCUUAACUGUUCUCAAUCAUCUCUAAACUGCUAUAGAAGCCCCCAACAAGUCAAGGUACCUCAUACCUAAGCACUACACCGACCAUGCCUUGGUUGAAAUCUUGCUCCCGUUGCUUUCACUAGUAGAAUUUGAGUCUACCUGAGAUGAUUCUUCGCCACUGCCUCAUCAUUGAUUCCGAGGAGGUCUCCACACCAAUCUCCGAUGGCUCAUAACACCUCUUCAUCCCAUAGAUGUCUCAACAAGCCCAUAAACCUGACCCACACAUCUCUAGAUCCAAAUUGUUGUCGAUAACAACCCCCUAACGGACACCUCUGGUCUAGAUAAAGAGGUUGCCUUCCCACUAACCAAACCUUCGAUAAAACUCUUUAUGCUUCCUCCCUAGAAAUAAACUAGUAAGAUCAACUUACAUCUAGGACCUCGGCCCCUCUGUAUUCCACAUCCUAUCUUCCAUGUUUUAUGCGGGAACCAUCUUUUUAGAUGAUUUUUCCCUUUUCACAAGAAAAUUCUCACAAUUUAUGCUACAUUCCAUAACUGUAUUAUAUCUACAAUUGAACUUUUUGAAUUCCAAAAGUUUCCAAAUUUUGGUGGUUGGAUUUCAAAAGAUUUUCAGA